UUAUGACGAUAAUGAGAAGGAGGAGGAGAAGGCCGUCAAUGACUUGUCACAGGCAGCAACAGGAGGGUCGUUGUACGUCAUCGUUGAUGAAGCGGGGUGAGUAGUACAUCGUGUGAUGUGAUGAUAGACACACAGGUAGAUGUCGCUCGCUGUGAUCUUAUACUCACCACCAGGUGUCUAACAGGUGAUAUUUCCUCAAUGAAAGGAACACCUGCCCUGCUCACGCAAGUUUCGUACCAGUCAUACUUCCACACUGUGUGUGACAAGCUGCGGACACAAGUUCCUGAUCUCCAUCUUUGGGCGGCAAGUUGUUUCCAUGGAGACGCACCCGACGGCUGGCAAGUGGAAUAUUUAACCAGACCCCUCCGCUCUCCGCCGGCCGUCGUCAGGGAAGUCGAGCAGCACGAGUUUAUUACUGAGGAAAAUCUUGUCAAGCCAUACAGUGAGCGAGGUGUGCCCGACCACACAGACGGCCCGCCAGUCACACGACUGUAUCACCGAGGUCAAGGUCACUCAGGUGACAGGCGAGGUGACUGUGUGACGUGCGGUCGUGACGUGGCCAGCUUCCUACACAGUCUCCGUGUUGGUGUUACAGAGAAUGUCACGACAACAGCCACGACCGUCACCUCCACCAACGGCGGCACAACACCGCCCUGCCUGCAGUGGAGAGACGUGCUGGUGUUGGACUCUUAUAACAUUAGUGAUGACUCAGGUAUGAUGAAGGGACUGAAAGAAGCGGGUAUCCCAGUGCGAAUGAUGAAGGACGAUGACAUCGAGGACGUUGCCACGGCUCGCAGUGACGUGGUGUGGGUGACGAGUGGACAGCUUGUUUGUGGUCUGGAGAGAAAAGUCGUCGUCUGUCUGGAGGAUAACGUUUUAUCCCGGUUCCAAUCCAUGUCGCGCUGUACGUCACAACUUGUGAUUGUCUACUCUUAGGACAAACCAAAGGGUAUCUGAAGUCAUCACAUCGUGUCUAUGACACAUUUAUAUCUACAUGUUGUGUAUUGCACUCACAACAGUCGGUGUCUGUCUUUACACAACAACUAGUGUUAACUUUAAUAUCAUACGUAUGCACACAGAUGAGGUGACACUUUUAUUGCAGCAUGUAAAUACGUUUUACAACAUAGCACACCACACACGAACUAAACUUUUUGGAAAAAAUUCUUUUUUAUCAACAAUUCGAGAAAGUACAUGCACUGUAGCUGCAACAUCACCAGGAGCAGCAGUAACUGUGUGUCGGGCUGUGGCAGUAAAACGUUUAACACAAAAAAGUUUUUUUAAAUAUUAACUUUCUUGUUCUUUUCUGCAGUGGACUGUUGAAUAUGUUCCAGUAAUAACUUUUCUUGUAUUUGUUUAUGAAUUCACACACAGACUGUGUCAUACUAAGUCGUGUACAGACCUCCCUUCAAACCGUUAUUUUGCCAGAGCAGCUGUCAACAUGUCUCCAAGAUCUGAGAAUGACGAACCUCACGUGACCUGCCCAGUUGGUUACCCAAAUAAUAAAACACAUUCUCGUGUGACUUUGUCAUUUUUCUCACAGUUACCUUCUACUCUCCUCAGGAGACGAUUUUGAUUCUGUUGCUAAUUUGGUCUCUGAAUGAUUAAACGACAAGAAGUGAACAGGUCGCGACUUUCAAAUGAAUAAAGACUUUUAAUUGUUA